CAAGAGGAUGCUAUCAACGAAGAAAUAAUAUAUUCUGGAGAACUUGAAACAGUGCCAAAUACAUUAUCAGGUAUAUCUUCUUUGACUGUAUCAACAAUUAGAAGUAUUCUCUUUCACCACGGGAUAAGAAUAGUCGGGUCUAAAGAAGAACUGGUUCUAAGACUCUUCAUGUUAAAGCACCAGCCAGAUUUAAUAUCUAAACGGGAGAGAGAAGGUCUUUCAGACCUUAUAAAAACGUGUGAACAUUUCAUAAAAAUUCAAGUGCAAAAGCAGCUUGUGUCAUUAGAUCAUGAAAGAACAUUUUCAUCAAAUCAACUUUCAACGACUAGACAGAAAGUCUUAAACAACCCUGUUUCAAGUGUAACAUUUCAAUUGCCUGUACAUAUUCAAGAAAAAAACCUACCAGACCUUUUUAACACUCUGAAAGAAUAUAUACUUGACAUAGAAAAACAAAAAAAAACACAACCAAAGCUACCAAAUCCCUCAUGAGUAUGAAAACACCAGGAAAUACCAUAAAGGUCAAGUGGUUGAGAGAAGAGGUCUCUGGCACAGGCUGGCAGCCAGGCUGGUAUAGUGCUAAAGUGAUUGCUUUCAAUGAAGAUAUUGAUGAGCUUACUGUGGAAUACAUCGAGGAGAAGGACUGUACAUACACCAUGAAAUUCACCGAUAUGGUUUCAAAAGGUUUUAUUGAACCAUCUAAACCUCUUCUUGCCAUGUUAGAAACAUAUGAAAGGCUGUUAACUGUUGGACAAAUUGUAGAAAUAAAAUGGACAUCUGAAGAACUAAAAGGAACAAACUGGCGAGCAGGCUUGUAUGAAGCAGUUGUGGUAGCAGUAGAUGCUUGUGAAGACACAAUAACUGUAUGCUACAAGGAUGAGGAAAACUGCACAUACGUUUUGGAAGUUUCACCAGCUUUGAACAGUUCAAUUCGCCUAAAGAAAUAACCCAAUGUGUAUGAGGGCUGUUCAAAAAAGUCAUGGACUUUUCACAUUUUUUCAUUUGCAUUCACGAUUUUGCAAGAGUCAAAUAUUGGAUCAUGUCAAGACAGUGAAGAAAUCAAUAAAAUAUGUGUAUUUAUAACAAUUAUGUGAAAAUUACAAAUAACAAGGGCUACAUGAGCCGGCUCAAGCUCAUGAUAAAAAAGGCGUUCGUGCAAAAUGUCACCAUUGUCAAUAUUUCUGAAAGUACUCUUUACGCAUAUAUCCUGAUGAAUGAUUUAAGUAGUGUUUAAAUGGAAUUGUGUAUAUAGACCUUAUGCAGAAAUUAAACAUGCAGGACAGCACAUGAAAAAGCACAUGUAUAAAUGUAUGUAAGAUGAGCCCCAUUUUAGACC